AUGCACUCCUUUGCCCGUCUACGCGGCCUCAUUCCUUCGACCAGGACUAUCGCGGCUAUUAGUACAAGACCAAUUCGUCUUUUUGCUCGUCCUCUCCCCUCGUUCUCAUCAUACCCCCGCCGCCCAUUCACAUCGUCGCCGUUGAUCAUGGCCGCCAUCGCCGUCCACAGCACCCUUAAGCCGGGCCCCCCCAUCCCGUUUGUACCAAGGGAGGAGGGUGCCAUUAGCUGGUACGCCUGCGGUCCGACUGUUUACGACCUCAGCCACUUGGGUCAUGCCCGUAACUAUGUCUCCACAGAUAUUAUUCGCCGCAUCCUUAUGCACUACUUCGACUACAAGGUCAACUUUGUGAUGAACUACACAGAUGUCGAUGACAAGAUCAUCAUCAAGGCAAGGAGAAAGAGGCUCCUAGAGUUGGAAAAGGAGAAGCCUUAUACUCCUGAGCAGAUCCGCGAUCUUAUCUUUAAGGCCUUCCAGGCAUACACCAAGAAUCUUCCCCUUCUGGCGCCCGAAGAUGCCGCUCCACUAGACGAGAAGAACUACCAGGAGCGGAAAGAGGCUGGUUACGGUGUCGUCUUGGCCGGUGGCCCCCUUGUCCCCGAGACAAAACCCGGUGACGCCGAGGCCAAGGUCAAGAUGCACCUCAACAACAUGGACGCUGCCGCCGAAGCACUCAAGAACGGUUCCGGUCUCGAUGCCGCCGAGGACGUCCUCCUACCCUACCUCGAUUCCCUCUACAAGGAGACCAUCGACACUAGCGACCAGACCAUCUUUACCAACCUCACCAAGACGAUGGAGCAGGCCUUCGCUGACGAUAUGGAGGCUUUGAACGUCCUUCCUCCCGAUGUCAUCACCCGCGUCACCGAAUACGUUCCCCAAAUCGUCGCCUUCGUUGAGCAGAUUAUUCAAAAGGGAUUUGCCUACGAGGCCGACGGCUCCGUUUACUUCGACAUUGGCGCCUUCGAGAAGGCCGGUAACACUUAUGCUCGCCUUCGCCCCGAAAGCAAGAACGACACUGCCCUGCAAGAGGAGGGAGAGGGUUCUCUUUCGACCGCUUUGGGAGGCAAGAAGCGUUCUGGCGACUUUGCCCUCUGGAAGAAGUCUAAGCCUGGUGAGCCUUACUGGCCCAGCCCUUGGGGUGCUGGUCGCCCCGGUUGGCACAUUGAGUGCUCCGUCAUGGCUUCCGACAAGCUUGGUGAGCAGAUGGAUAUCCACUCUGGUGGGAUCGAUCUUGCGUUCCCCCAUCACGACAACGAGCUGGCUCAGAGUGAGGCCUACUUCCACGACUGCUGCAAGGGCGAGCACACUUGGGUCAAGUAUUUCCUGCACAUGGGUCAUCUCUCCAUUGCCGGAAGCAAGAUGUCCAAGAGCUUGAAGAACUUCCAGACGAUACAAGACGCUCUCGCCUCCACAUACACCGCCCGCAACAUGCGUAUCGUCUUCCUUCUCAGCCGCUGGAACGACGGCGUUGAGAUUUCCCCCGACAUGAGGAAGCAGGCCGAUAACUGGGAGACCACGCUCGACAACUUCUUCACCAACAUCAAGGCUCGCCUAUCCGAGGUUGACGCUUCCUCGGGCCUCAAGGACCUCUCCCUCUCCGAAGACGUCGGCGCCAAGGGCCUGCUCGAGGACUUUGAGUCCGCCAAGAAGGACCUCGACGCUGCCCUCAGGAACUCCUUCGACACCCCGACCGCCAUGCAGGUCCUCCUCAAGCUUGUCCGCAACGCCAACAUCUACAUGAACUCCGGCAACCCCAACAUGCAAGCCCUCGAGUCCGUCGCCCGCUGGGUUACCAAGAUUGUCGGUGUCUUCGGUCUCGAUGCCAGCGCCCAGCCUCCAUAUGAGGGUCUCGGCUGGUCCUCCGCCACCGCCUCCAACAAGGCCAAUGUCGACCCCCAGACCGCCGUCAAGCCCUACGCCGCCGUCUUCAACCAGGUCAAGCAGGAGGUUGCCACUCUUGACCUCUCCGGCGAGUCCAUCAAGUCCCUCCUCAAGCAGCAGAACCCCGAAGCGGAGUUCUCGGAGCUCGAGAAGAGCGGCGAAAAGGACGCCGAGAAGCUUGCGCUUCCCUUCAUCCGCGCUGUCUCCAAGCUCCGCGACGAGUUGCGCACCACCAUUGCUUCCUCGGGCGCUACCCUCGACCCCAAGGUCAAGCAGGCGAUCCUUGCGCUUAGCGACCGUAUUCGUGACUACGACCUUACCGACCUCGGCGUGCAGCUCGAUGACCGCGUUGACGGACCUAGUCUCGUCAAGUUCGUGCCGGCUGCCAAGCUGAUCCAGGCCCGUGAGGAGAAGGCUGCGCUAUUGGCUGAGAAGGCUAGACAGAAGGAAGAGGCCCGCAAAGCCAAAGAAAAGGCCGAGCAAGAAAAGUGGGAAAAGGCCAAGGUUUCUCCCACCGAGAUGUUCAAGAGCGACGCCAAGUACUCCGAGUUCGACGCCGACGGUCUGCCUACCAAGCUGGCGGCGGACGGCAGCGAGGUGCCCAAGAGCCAGAGCAAGAAGCUCAAGAAGGAGUGGGAGAAGCAGAAGAAGCUUCAUGAGGAGUAUCUUGCCAAGUUUGGCUCUGCUUAA